AUGAAGUUUGAUGAUGCUCGUGAAAUAUCUGCAUCUCACAGAGCUUUUACUGUUAUUCCAAAAGACGAACACUCGAUAGAAAUAACAUUCACUCCUAAGACUGAAUGUAUAUCAAAAGCAAAAAGAAGCAAACAAUUUGAUAAUAGAUUUGUUUUUGAUUUGCGUUUAAUAAGAGUGGACGAUAGUCGUUGCUGUUACAAUGAACUUCAUUCCGAAAUAGGGAGAUAUUAUAUCAGUGGGCAGUUUGAAUAUUCUAAAAUAAGCCAUACCCCUGAAGUGGUUAAUUUUGGUAAUGUCAUAAUAAACACUAGAACAACUAAAACGAUAAGAAUCUGGAAUGAGUCGAACUAUAUGACAGCUAACAUGACAUAUGUUAGAGUAACAGGGUUUGAAGUGCAGCCACAAUGCUUUAGUAUCACUCCGAAUUCAUCAAAUAAACUUACAAUCUCUAUUAAACCCACGUGUCUGAAGUUGGGUAAUAAAAUAACAUUUCAAAUAAGAAAUCCUCAUGAUAAGCACAAUACUUCCCUCGAUGAAAGAGGUGAUGAAAACACCAACUACCUUACGUAUAUGAUAAAGUUUAACAUGAAUGUAAUCUAUCAAAAAAAGACAGUAUAUGAAACAAAAAUUGAGUCGCUUCAUAAGUUACAGUAUACAAAUCCACAAUACACGUAUGUCGGAAAGGAAAUAGCGACUCAAUUAACACGCAAAGAGACUGCCUAUAAUUUUUUGCAGGUAUCCAAAUCCUCUUGCGCCAAGAAAACUAUUCUAGAAAAAUUUUGCACUGGAAAAGAGAGAUGUUAUUCCGACGUUGUAAAAAAGACUAUUGAGAAAGGUACAAAUUUUUGCAAAAAGAUAUCAGAAAAAAUAUCGCCGUAUGACUUGUUUAAUAUUGUCUUUUACCCAUAUUGCCUAAAUUUUGGAAGAGUUGGCUUAUUAACUUAUGGGGAACACGAAUUGGUCGUUGAAAAUAAAACUAAACAUGAAUUUCUUAUAGAGUUUCUUAAAGAUAAUUUAGUCCUCUAUGAAAACGAUAAAAAGAAGACGUUAAAAAUUAGAAUUCGACCUUUCAGUGAAAAAAAAAUUGUAUUAUUUUGCUUGGGAUCCGUAGAAGGUAAUCUAAAAGGAACAUUUGAAUACGUUAUUGAUAAAAAGUUUUACAGAAAACAAUCUUAUCGUCUUGAAGUUGGAAAUCCAAUUCUUACGUUGUAUGAUAAAUGUCUUAAAUUUGGCAUGGUUAGUGCCGAAAGUUUUAUAACAUCCGUUCCAAUAAAGAUAUUUAAUCAUUAUAAUUUACCAGUUGACUUUAGGUGGCAUGAACUUUAUUCCGAUAUGCCUUUUGAAAUCACACCUACUUUUGGAACAAUACCUAAACACUCAUGCAAGAUUUGUGACGUUGUUUAUGUAUGUAAAGCAACAAAAACAAAAACACAUGAAGUUGAUUUGAUAUCCGAAGGAAAGAUUUUUAAACAUAUUCCAAUUGAACUUAGUGUAAUCACUAGAAAACUCACAAUUAAGUUUUUGCAGUUAGCUGUUGUGUUUAAAGAUAUACCAUUAAAUUUAGAAACAAUUGAAAGAGUUAAGCUGGAGAACUCUUCCCGAGAAAUAGCAUUAUUUCACGUUGUAGAACCUUUAAUUCCUGGCUUUAAGGUAGAGCCUAUGUGUGGAACAAUUAGGCCAAAAAUGAUAAUAACUUUCGAAAUAACUAUAAAAAUUCCUUGUAUCUUAGAAUUUGCAUUCGAUAUAUAUGUAAAAAUUAACAACAAGGAGAAUGUUAUAUUACCUGUAAGUGGAAAUGUUGUAGAACCCAAAAUUUUUAUUCAUCCAAAAAAUAUAAUUAUGUCGAGAGUCCCGUGUAAUAUGAUCACAUACGUUCCUGUAACUUUUCAAAACAUAAGUACAUUAAAAUCUGUUGUGGAAGUGUUAGAUACGGGAGAUGAAAAUAUUUUUAAUGUUUAUCAAGCUGUUGGAAAUGAACGACAGAGAAUAUUUAAGUUUAUCAUAGAAGGAGGACAGUCUAAAACCGUAUUUAUAAAAAUCUUUGAUAUAUUUAGAAGAGAAUAUGAGAUGUUUAUUCCAUUUAAAGUCAACGGGUUGCUUGGACCUCCUUGUGAAGAUGCUUCGUCCACUGAACUUCAGUAUUAUAUUGGUGAAUAUGAAAAAUAUUAUGAAAAUAAUUCAAAAGUUAAGCUCAAACCUGUAAAUAAAGACAUUAGCUACUGUCGUCUAACAGGAGUUAUCACAGUUCCUUGGAUAGAUUUUUCUGUUCAAAAAUUUGAGUUAGACUGUGGCUUAAAUAAAUAUGUUAGUCUAGAGUUUACAAUGACUAAUGUAUCCAAAUAUUACUUAUACAUUACAAUACUUACCGCAAAGUUGGCACCAAACUUUACAUUGGACUUAAAUACGGAAGAAAAUCAGUCAAUUAUAAAUGACACGCAUAUUAAGUUUGAGCUCGAUAGAGGCAUGGUUGCAAGAUUGACAGUGAUAUUCCAUCCAAAGAGCCAUGGCAGAUUCGUAUCUGUAGCUUUGUUGUACUUAGAUAAACAAAUGACAACGCCAUAUUAUAAUUUAACUUUUGUCGGAAAAAAGCAGACGCCUGUGAUGAUUCCUAGUAAGCACAGAGUAAUAUUUCCACCUUGCCAUCCCAAUGAGGAAGUAUUUCAAACGAUAACUCUACGUAUAGAAACAACUUCUGCUAUAGGUGACUUUUCAUGUAGUUCAAAAGAAGAAAUGCAUCUGACAGUAAAACUUUUAGAGUCCGAAGUAGUUCAGGAAGAAGAUACUAAUUUUACUAUAGUAACAGUAAAGUUGACGGCAUCUUGCAAAGUGUCAUAUGCUCGAAAUAUGUUUAUACAUUUCAGUCACGUCAGUGGCGCUUGUUGUGAUGUAGAGGUUACAUUUUGUUUUACCUACUGCCCCCUAACGUUACACACAAAUUCUCUUGUAACAGCGAAUAAAAAUCCAUAUCCACUUUAUCCUCUUAAAAGUCAAGGAGAACUCUAUGAAUAUAUGGAAACGUGCACAAUUUUUUUGGAAAAAUGGAUGUUCCAACAAGGAUUUAGAAGAGAUUUAUAUCCAAUUAUUCCGGAUACAUUUCACGCAAUAUCUUCUGCUUUAUCUUCACAAAGCGGAGGUACAAAAACAAAAGGAAUUAAUGUGUCUUAUUUAAAUUUUGUCAAGAGAAUUGCAGGACCAUUAAUGAAACACGUUAGGAAAAUAUCAGUAACAGGGGUAGAUGAAUCAUUUAAAAAUGUAAAAGAAAUUCACGAUACUUACCGGGAAGUUAUUGGAUUGCUUAGAUCUCGUGGUGCGAAUUUAUGGGUUUUGCAAGCUAAGUUUCUAUUGAGUUAUGAACAAUUUUUUAUUUACUCAGAAAAUGUUGCAGCGAAAGGUAACGCUGACAUUAUACUCAUAGAAGAAUUAAGAUCGGACAUCGCUCUCUUCAACAGAUUAAAUAAACAGAGUUGGAUCGAUUUUAUAUUACAGAGUUAUAAGGUUUUUGUAAUGGACAGUUGUUUUUUUGACUGCGUAUGUGUAAGCUCACAACCAAGAGACGUCGUAAAAGUUCUUAUGGAUUGGUACAAUGAAAACAUUCACCACCAACAUGCAACUCUGUGUGGUAGAGACAAACCAGUAAAAACAAUAACAAAUAUAACAACUGAUUUAUCUGAUGGUAUCGCUAUUAUAUCUGCAAUAAUUACAUUCUGUCCUUUUAUGGCUAACCACUUUUCAUUUUACUGUGAAGUAACUUCAAACAACGACUCAGAAAGUUGUAUUAUAAACAACGCUUGUCUUAUAAUUGAGGCAUUAAAUUUGCUACGCCUAUAUUUUCCUGUAAGUAGCAUGGAUUUUUUGCAGCCAAAUUUCCUACUUAUGCUGUUUCUGUCAAUACAUUUGUAUGUGGCGUUGCCUAUGUUUAAGCCGAGAGACACGGUACACUUUAAUCCGCCACUUUUAAGAAGCUCAACUCGACAGCUCGCUAUCAGCCCAACAAGCCAAGAAUCGUUAAUUUUUAACCAUAUUAUUCUUCAGAAUGGCAAGAAUAAUUUUACCGUUGAGAAAAUAUCGUCACCCGACAAUGGGAAGAAAAUGUUCUUGAGCGUGAAAUAUAAUGCAAACUUUGUUGAAAAGGAGACAGCAAUCCUAUUAGUACAUGGUUACAAUAAAACAAGAAUAUUCGACACUUAUCUUAUAUUCGUUCUUCAUGGUUAUAUUGGCUUAUUGAACCCUGUUAGAAAAUGUAAAGUAACCGGACCACUGUACCGCCCGAAUAGAGUCGACGUUUUGGUAGCAUCGCCGUUUACCGUCACGGCAACUUUUAAAUUAUUUUUAACUGACAUUGAACCCACGAUCCCCGUAGGAUAUCCUGGAGACUGUAAGCCGAGAUUUUAUUUACGGCGGCUUAAUCUUAUAGACAAGGAGAUUACUCUCAGUGGUUUACCGAAGGAAACUGGACAGGAUGUACAAGAACACAAGUUAUAUUUACAGAUAGUGUGUCUUAGCACUCAAAUUGGAAAUUCCUGGAUCUGGUUUAAAAGCGAAAUAGGCGAAUUCUUUAUAAAGGUAACAACGCAAGCUAGGUGGGAUCUAGCCAUAGACACCCUACAGGCUAAAGUGAAGACGUGGCCAAUGGACCCAUGCAGUUGCGGAGAAGCGUGCGAAUGUUAUAGGACGACAGUCUUAACGAUUCCACAUCGUAACGAACUUAUGCUAAAAUCUCUUAGAUAUGCUUUACUUGAGCACGCUUCUGAAAUUAUGAUGCAAGUAUUCGACCAAUUAAUAGAGACGGGCACUGGAAAGAUAAUAUUGAGUAUGUUGCUCAGUGAAGGUGGAACGAAUAUAUCUGAAGUACAGCACAUUUUACGCAGUGAAAGCACUUAUAGAAUCUCAUCCCGAGCUCUUUUACCACGUCUGGAUCGCGUCUCUUUGAUGCAGCACACCAAUGAAAUCUUAGUCUUACCAGUUACGAUCCCGGCCCAAGACAAAUCGGAAAAGUACACGGUCACACUGACAUCUGAAUGCGGAAUGGACAUACGCACAUAUAGAAUCCUUUUUGUGGAAAGCUCAAAUCAAUUCGAUUAA